AAAAAUGAUUGAAAAAAAAAAAAAAAACAGGAACUCGAAGUUGUAAAGGCGGCAAAUAAAUUGAAAGGACAAAAUCGGAAUUUUCACAAAAAUGGCCGGAGCGACGGCGAGCAUUAUUCCGGCGAACGGAGCUGCCGUCGGAGUUGAUAGAGGAGAUAAUAGAAAUAGCGCAUCGUACGUAAAUUCGUUUCGAAUUUCCGCCGUUGCUGAUCGAUUAGCAACGCAUGUAUUGAAUCAGUCCAACAUUGACCCGCAGGAGUUUGUUCAUCUUUGCCUCUCACUUGCGAGAGGUAUUGAUUUUGCCAUUGCAAACCAGGAGGUUCCAAAUAGAGCGCAAGAUUUACCUCCGCUGAUGAAGCAGGUAUGCAGAAUCACCUGUGAUACCUUACUGCAAGCGCAUGUCAUGGUCCUAAUGAUUUCUGUCAAGAAUGCUUGUCACAGUGGGUGGUUUACGGAGAAAGAUGCCGAGGAACUUUGUGAUCUUGCAAAUGAGAUUUCCAGCAUCUUCUGCAGCACAUUAGAUUUUAAAACUGAACCAAGCAGUUCUUUGACAAUUAUUUCAACGAUAAUGUCAAGGUUUUAUCCACGGAUGAAAAUGGGCCAGAUAAUUUCCUUUGUGGAGGCCAAGCCUGGAUUUGGUGCCUAUGUGAAUGAUUUCCAGAUAACGAAGAAUAUGAACCUUUCUGAAGGAGAGAAAGUAAGAUUAUUUGUUGCGCAAAUAGAUAAUCUGGAGACCUCAUUAUGUCUUGUAACGCCUCCUCAAGUGAACUUUCUUCUAAAUGGGACUCCUGUCGGAAGGAGGACUAUUGUGUCAAUGGACCUUGGACCUCAGCUUCCAUCUCCUGUACCUCAUAUGCUUAAAUUUGGAACAAAUCUUCUUCAAGCUGUGGGCCAAUUUAAUGGAAAUUAUAUCAUAGCUGUUGCCUUCAUGAGCGAGACUUCUACCCCUGUUCAGGCCACACUCCCUGAUUACGAGCAGGUUCCUGUUUCUUCUGUUGAUCCAGAUUCUGAGAUUAUUGAGGGCCCAUCAAGAAUUUCUCUGAAUUGCCCCAUAAGCUUCAGACGUAUUAAAACUCCAGUAAAAGGACAUUCUUGCAAACAUCUUCAGUGUUUCGAUUUUGACAACUAUACUGACAUAAAUUCAAGGAGACCAUCGUGGCGUUGUCCUCAUUGUAAUCAGCAUGUGUGUUUCACUGAUAUUCGUAUUGAUCAAGAUAUGGUCAAGAUUUUGAAAGAGGUGAGUGAGGAUGUCACCGAUGUCGUGAUCUCCUCAGAUGGUUCAUGGAAGGCAGUCAUGGAAAGUGAUGACCGUACUGAAAAACCCAGGGAUAAAACCCCCGACAUUGCUCAAGAUAGUCCACAUCGUGGUUCUGAUGGUCCUUCAAAUGCUCCCAGUGAUGUUUUAGAUCUCACUGAGAUGGAUGAUGAAAUGUAUCCCGUCACUACUGCUGAAACCGAAGACAGAAAAAAUUUCCCAGCUAUUUCACAAAUUCAAUCUAACGUUCAGAGCACAACAGUUGUGAAUAAUCCAAGUGAACUCAAUCAAACAGGUCCUGGUAUGACGGAUGAUUUCUGGUCAAGACUCUAUUUGUCCAGUUUGCAAACUGGCAGUGCUUCUGAGCCUGCAAGAAUCAACUUGUUGCAAUUGCCUGUCUUUACAGAUGCAAUACCUCCCACUUCCAUCAUUCCAACUGCUGUACUUGAGAACGAACUGGCUGCUUCCAAUAUGCUGCAGUUACAGCAAUUCCAAUUUGGGAACUCUGCAAUCAGCAAUGAAUAUGGAAGGUUUGCAUCUUCAGGCAGGCAGGCAAACAGAACUCCUAUUGCAGUUCAGGCCCUACCAGCCCAGAUGAACCCUCCUGUUUCUCAUCAGAGACAACAAAGCGCAAUGAAUCCCUUGCUUCAUGCUGGUCCUUCAGUAACUACUCGGGAUUUGCCUUCUGUGUUGGAUGGUUCCAAUCUAAAUUCCUUUGCCGACUUGGACCUACUUCAGGCACACAUGACCUCGUCAGCAUUACCACAGAGGGUGAGCUCACAGCGUCCUCUUCCUCAUCUUCAACCGUCUCCACAUGUUGUUGGCCGACAACAUCCGAACACGAGAACGCCCUCUUCAAUGAGUCAGCCUCAAGGUCUGACCCAAUCAGCUGCUGCUUGGGAUAGAUGGGAAGCCAUGAAGCAAGGAAGUUCACAAGCUGGUGUUUCUCGGGCACAUCCUGUUGGACAAAACGCACGAGUUGUUGCUACUCAGCAAACCACACAGGUGGUGAGACCUGUUCAACCUCCUAGAACUGCGUCUCCAGUCUCAGGUAGUGCUGACCGGUUCAGGACACCAUUAGUGCCGGACCAUAGGGGAAGUAUGGGAGGCACACCAACAGAGAGUCCCGUGGAUCCCCAGCUAGAUCCAAACUGGCGUCCUACUGGCCGUAUGCGUGGCAGCCUUUCAGGACGAGCUUAUUCUGAAGCACUGCAAACGUUGAUAGUUCAGCCAACACAGCAAGCCCAAGCUGCAAGACCCUCUAUUCCACCGAAUCUUUCACCCCAACUACAAGUCCUUUUGGCUAAUCGAGGCGCUCAUAGUACCCAGCCAGUGAAUCUUUCAUCUACAGCUCCCACCAAUGCAUCAUCAGGCGUUUUACAUGAUCAUUCCUCAGGAAUGCCGUAGAACUUGGACAUGUUGUAGGUGACUCUGUAUUUAACGCGACAAGUUUUGCUCCUACCAGGGUCGUAGUACUGGUAGACAGGUAAAACGUCAGCGCAUUUCCUAUGUAAAUUCCAAGCUUAAGUGUUUCCCAGCUUCUAGUUCUCUCAGUAUAGUUCGAUUUUACUGUUAUGGUAAGUUCAGUUACUUCAAUGUGAUGGGAACUACUCUGAUUUUGCUAUAGGUAAAGCUUAAUGACCGUGUGUGAAA